AUGACUAUGACCACGAGCAUGGAGCCCUCCGCCGAUCAAUCCUCCACUUCCAACCCACGAAGAAGCACCCGCCUCGACCGCUUCCACGCCCACGACCACGAAAUCGGAAAAGUCGACCAGGAGUCGGAUUCCGAUUCCGACGAAGACUUAUAUCCCAUCUACGAAGUCGAAAUUCCAAGCGAUGAAGACGAAGCCAAUCUCCGUGCAGCCUAUCGUUUGCCUCCCCGUACAGCCAGUAAGCUUCGCCAGAUCUACGAGGCGAGUAAGGCCGAGCAUAAGAGGCUGAGGGCGAGGGUGUUGGGUACGCAGCGCGAGAGGUUGCAGGGAGUGCUGGAGAGGCUGGAGCGGGGCCCUAGGACUCUGCGCGACGAGGUGGCUAUUGAGCGGUUGAGAGCGGUGUUGGGAUAUGAUGUGGCUGUUCACGAGAGCGACGAGGUGGAUGGCGUGAUUGGGGAGAAGGCGGAGGAUGUGCUCGGAGGUGAGAACUUCGACGGCACGGGUUCGGAGGUCGAGAUGCGUGAUGCUGAGGAGGUUGAUGGGGUGGACUUGAAAGCUGAGAUGCGUGAUGCCAACGAGGAUGUUGAUGUGGCGGGGCGUGCGAACGUUGUGCAUGGCGAAGCAGAAGGCGUGAAGGCUGCGCAGGGGAGAGUGGUAUAG